AUGUCCCAAGAAGAGGACGAGUAUUUCCUCCCACUGCAAGACCAACAGGUAUUCGGAGCCGGUAUCAGACGAAAGCGAGUCGCGUUCGUGCGUGCUGAGUCUGAGCCAUCACCUGCAUCACAGGCAACUCCCGAGUCCAGUGUCGCGGACAGGUAUCUAGCUAUUGUCCAACCACCGAAUCCAGAUACAGAAAACCCACAAAAGCAGUCAGACGACGUUCAAGAAGAUAGCACAGCCUCUGGGGAGGUCAUGUGCACAGUUUGCAAUCUGCCCAUCACCCCAUCAACAUCAAGCGUUCCCACCCAACCUCACGAAUCAUCAUUAGCGCACCAAGUCUGCCUAUCCCACUCUCACCCGCCUUCUCAUCUCGACCGCGAUCACGUGGGACUGAAGUACCUUUCUUCGUAUGGCUGGGAUCCGGAUGCUCGCCUCGGACUAGGUGCAAGUGGGACUGGGAUCCGGGCUCCCGUCAAAAGCAAGGUUAAGAAUGACACUGUCGGAUUAGGUGUCAAAGACAGUGAUCACGUCCGGGUCAAAAAGCAGGCCAAAAAUAUGGUGCGAUUGAACGCGAAGCAGAUGAGGCUGCGAGAAGCUGCAGAAAAGAAGAGGGAGUUGCAGUUGAGGGAUGCGUUUUAUGGAAAAGACCUGGAGGCUUACCUUGGGCCAGGUGGAUGA